ACGGCCGUAACACAAUAUUUACCAAGCGUAGCAACGUUAGUCGAAUCGCUCGCCCGUAUAUUGUACUCAAUUCACAGGGAAUCGCGUAGUGUCAGCUUUUAUACUACAUGAAGAGCCACUGAUUUGCAAAGAUGCACACCUGGAUUGUAUACGCUUUGGGAAUUUCCAUCCUCGCGACCCAAAUCUGUACCAAUGAAGGUGUUGCAAGAACGAGCAGAGUCACACUGUCCCUCACAGACGUUACAGCGGCUGACAUACCAGCUGGCACCGUUCAGGUGUUGAAUGUUUACCCUCAGAUGGCCUACGUCGUGAAUUGUCACAUGCACUGCACCAGGGAUGACGAAUGCGUGUACAGUGGCUGGAACAGUGUCACGACAGCAUGCACGACCUACAAGGCUUACGUUGACGAGGCAGCUACGGUGGAUCCUGCAAACAACUAUGUGAAGGUCGACCUCCUGACAAGUGGCAAGAUUCUUCCUCUAUAGUGUGAAUCCACUCAACUGAAUGUCAUCCAUCUCACUGCACUGCAAAGCUUUUUUGUAAGUUAGAAAACAGCCAGCCGUUCAUUCGUUUAUUGCGAUAACAUUAACUAGUAAUAAAAUGAGGAACCAGAUUAAGAAGCCUAAUCUUUGCUGUAUUGACUAGACAUUACAGAUCUUACUCACCUGUUUUUAUAUUUGUUAUAUUUGGAAGUUGAGAAAAAAGAACC